AUGACGGAUCAAGCACCGAAAAGCUUCUCGCAAAUUAAGCAUGUUAUCUUAAUUCUUUCGGGAAAAGGUGGUGUGGGCAAAAGUUCUGUAACGACGCAGAUGGCCCUCACUUUAGCCAGUCAAGGUCAUAAAGUUGGAGUAUUGGAUAUAGAUUUAACGGGUCCAUCGGUGCCAAGAUUUUUUGGAAUGGAAGGAAAAUCGAUUUUCCAGUCAGAACGUGGAUGGUUACCAGUUGUGGCUUAUUCUGAUGCCAAUCAGAACGCACUUUUGAAAAUCAUGUCUUUGGGCUUUCUACUCAAUGAUCGUGGGAGCAGUGUGGUUUGGAGAGGACCUAAGAAAACUUCUAUGAUUAAGCAAUUUGUUCAGGAUGUAGUCUGGGGGGAAUUGGAUUAUUUACUUAUAGACACACCUCCUGGAACCUCAGAUGAACAUAUCGCUAUUGCAGAAGAACUGAGAUUUGCCAGAACAGAUGGAGCCGUUUUGGUUACGACGCCGCAGGAUAUUUCGACUGCAGAUGUAAAGAAAGAGAUCAAUUUUUGCAAAAAAGCCAAUAUCAAGAUACUUGGGAUAAUAGAAAACAUGUCGGGCUUCGUGUGUCCACAUUGCAGCGAAUGCACAAACAUUUUCUCGAAAGGUGGCGGGUUAAAACUGUCAGAAACGCAUGAGAUUGAUUUCUUGGGAGCAGUGCCCAUCGAUCCAUCCUUCGUGGACAUGAUCGAGGGACAAACAGAGGCGUCACAGCCUCUUGUGACCUUGUACAGGGCCUCGGCACUUCACUCAAUAUUUUCGUCAAUCGUCGAAGAUCUCCAGACCAAGGAUCUGACCUCUGGGUGUUAG